AGUCAAGUUAUUAUCAAAUUGUAUCAUGGUAUCAGAGCUAAGGCUCUCAAAAACCUAGUCUCUCUUUUUUUCCGACUGCCGCCCACCAUGGCAGCCCCGUCGGAUCCUUUGGCGUCCUUACCCUCUGGAGUAAAACUUUUGCUUCGGAGUCUCCACAACUUAAUCCCAGAAAAACUCACCGAAACAAAUUAUCUGGCAUGGUCUCUCAAUGUCCAGACAGCUCUUUCAGCUAAUCUCCUCCUUGGAUGGAUUGAUGGUCAUGAAGCAGCCCCGGCGCCAACUAUCUCCAAAAACGAUAAAAUCGUCCCUAAUCCAGAGUAUACCUCCUGGACCAUCGUUGACACACAGAUCCGCGCCUGCCUCCUAGAGGUCAUCAGCCCCUCCGUUCACAAACAUGCUCGCGGCUUCACCACAUCUGCUGCCCUCUGGGAUGCUUUGGCCGCGCGGUACAACUCCGUGUCCACCGCUCAUAUUUAUCAGCUUCGGGACAAACUCCACACUCUUCGUAAAGGUACCAAAAUUAUGACACAAUACCUUGAUGAUGUGGCAACUAUUCUCUCGGAUCUCGAUGCCUUGAAAGAAGAUAUCCCUGAACGUGAUGUGGUGAAUGCUGUUAUUCGUGAUAUUCCCACUGAAUACUCAUCCUUUAAGCAAAACAUUCGCAUGAACAAUACCAAUAUUUCGUUAAAUCAGCUUUCUGGAUGGCUGAUCUCUGAAGAAAUAAACCUGGAGAUGGAGAAUAAACUCAGCCUCACCGAGUCUACCAUCACCGAACCUCGCACAGCACUUCUCGCUACAAACGGUCGAGGUCGCGGUAGAGGAGGCUACCGCGGUCGACCGUCCCCUGGACGUGGAUACAACAGCGGACGUGGAGAAAGGAACAACGUGCUCCCCGUGCAAUGCAUGCAUCUACGAGUAAUCAUUCUGGAAACUGGUAUCUUGACACUCGUGCCAACACCCAUGUCACGUCUGAUUAUUCUCAGCUACAAUCUCCUCAUCAAUACUCCGGUACUGAUGCUAUUACCGUAGGCAAUGGUCAAUCCCUACCCAUCACACACUCUGGCUCAGGUUUUGUCCAUACUCCUAAUGGUAAAUACCACCUUUCUACUCUUCAUUAUGUCCCUUCCCUUACCUCCAAUCUAUUGUCUCUCCAUCGAUUUACCAAAGAUAACAACUGCACCCUUGUUUUUAAUGCCAAUGAUUUCCAGAUAGUGGACAAUCCU